AUGGCUUCCUCUGCCGCAUACAGGAGCACUCGGUCCUGGAUCUGUAGACUGGUGAUCCGAGUAGUUGCGGCCCUGGGUGCCGCCGCCACAAUGGCUACAAUUGUUGCGUCCUCGGGUACGGACAUAUACCCGGUGAUCAUUGUGUUCGCCAUUCUCUUCCUCUGGUCUUUUAUCGAUGCUAUCCUGCUCUGUCUCCGCUGCAUCCCGCACUAUGCCGUGAAUCUCUCAAUUGAUCUUAUUGCCGCACUCGCUGCGCUCGUUAUGUCCGCGUUGCUAUUCUAUAUGCAAUUCGCCCCCAAGGUUGUUAUUGAGGGCGCCGCAAAUCUAUUACUCCCGGCCUGUCUUGCUGCGUUUACUACAAUUAUGCAUAUUGUCCUCUUCGCCCUCUCUACCAAAGGCCACCGUGAAGCCCGCCGCGACAAACACCGCCGGAUGUGGAGACCUGAGUCCUACUCGCAUGAUAACCAGAUAGGAGUGUCACUGAUUUCCAUGGAUUACAAUUCUACGACCAAGUCCUCGUCCAAACCGACUACUGCCAACUUCUGA